AUGGCUAAGGCUAACGCUAUCGGUAUUGAUUUGGGAACUACCUACUCCUGCGUAGGAGUUUUCAUGCAUGGAAAGGUCGAAAUUAUAGCCAACGACCAAGGAAACAGAACUACUCCUUCUUAUGUUGCCUUCACCGACACCGAAAGACUGAUCGGAGAUGCUGCCAAGAAUCAAGUUGCCAUGAAUCCCCAUAACACCGUUUUCGAUGCCAAACGUCUUAUUGGACGUAAGUUCGAUGACUCUGCCGUUCAAUCCGACAUGAAGCACUGGCCCUUCAAGGUUGUCUCUGCUGAAGGAGCUAAGCCAAAGGUCCAAGUUGAGUACAAGGGAGAGAACAAGACUUUCACUCCUGAAGAGAUCUCAUCCAUGGUCCUCACCAAGAUGAAGGACACCGCUGAGGCUUUCCUCGGAUCCGUCGUUAAGGACGCUGUCAUCACUGUUCCAGCUUACUUCAACGACUCUCAACGUCAGGCUACCAAGGACGCCGGAGCUAUUGCUGGUCUCAAUGUUUUGAGAAUCAUCAACGAGCCUACCGCUGCCGCCAUUGCUUACGGUCUUGAUAAGAAGGGACAAGGAGAGAGAAAUGUCCUCAUCUUCGAUCUUGGAGGAGGAACUUUCGAUGUCUCCAUCCUUACCAUUGAAGAUGGAAUCUUCGAAGUCAAGUCCACUGCUGGAGAUACUCACUUGGGAGGAGAAGAUUUCGAUAACAGAAUGGUCAACCACUUCGUUGCUGAGUUCAAGCGCAAGCACAAGAAGGAUCUUGCUUCUAACCCACGUGCUCUUCGCCGUCUUCGUACUGCUUGCGAACGUGCAAAGCGUACUCUCUCUUCAUCAUCUCAGGCUUCUAUUGAAAUCGAUUCUCUCUUCGAAGGAAUUGACUUCUACACUAACAUCACCCGUGCUCGUUUCGAAGAGCUCUGCGCUGAUCUCUUCCGUUCCACCAUGGACCCCGUAGAGAAGGCUCUCCGUGAUGCCAAGAUGGACAAAUCUGCUGUUCACGAUAUCGUUCUCGUUGGAGGAUCCACUCGUAUUCCAAAGGUCCAAAAGCUUCUCUCUGAUCUUUUCUCCGGAAAGGAAUUGAACAAGUCUAUCAACCCCGAUGAGGCCGUCGCCUACGGAGCUGCCGUCCAAGCUGCUAUCCUCUCAGGAGACAAGUCUGAUGCCGUUCAAGAUUUACUUCUUCUUGACGUUGCCCCACUUUCUCUCGGUAUUGAGACCGCUGGAGGUGUUAUGACUGCUCUUAUCAAGAGAAACACCACUAUCCCAACCAAGACUUCUCAAACUUUCACCACUUACUCUGAUAACCAACCUGGAGUACUCAUCCAAGUCUACGAAGGAGAACGUGCCAUGACCAAGGAUAACAACUUACUUGGAAAGUUCGAGCUCUCUGGAAUCCCACCAGCACCAAGAGGAGUUCCUCAAAUCGAGGUUACUUUCGAUAUUGAUGCCAACGGUAUCCUUAACGUAUCCGCUCAAGAUAAGUCUACUGGUAAACAAAACAAGAUCACCAUCACCAACGAUAAGGGACGUCUCUCCAAGGAAGAAAUCGAGAGAAUGGUCAACGAAGCCGAGAAGUACAAGGCUGAUGAUGAAGCUCAAAAGGACCGUAUCGGAGCUAAGAACUCCCUUGAAAGCUAUGCUUUCAACAUGAAGCAAACUCUUGAAGACGAAAAGCUCAAGGACAAGAUCUCAGAGGAUGACCGCAAGAAGAUUGAAGAGAAAUGCGACGAGGUUAUCAGGUGGCUCGACAGCAACCAGACUGCCGAGAAGGAUGAGUUCGAACAUCAACAAAAGGAACUCGAAUCAGUUUGCAACCCAAUCAUCACCAAACUCUACCAAGGAGCCGGAGGAGCCCCAGGAGGUAUGCCAGGCGGUAUGCCAGGAGCUGGAGCCGGAGCUUCUUCUGGAGGAGGACCAACCAUUGAAGAAGUCGACUAA